GAAAUAAGGUAAACGUUUCCGGAUAUAAAAUCAGAAUUCACGUUUGCAUUUGAGGACGCAGAAUAAGGCGGUGUGUCUGUAAUGUGUAAUUAAGUCUUGAGGAUGCUCAGUUUUCUAGGAUGUUUACUAAUUUUGAUGCAAAUUUAUGCUGUCUUGAAAGGUAGCAGAGCUCAACAAGCUGUAAUGUACCCAAUUACACCAGCAUAUGUUGAUAUUCACCAGCAGCUUACGUUAAUGUGCAAAACAUCAGUGCGUAAUGACUGGAGAAGUACAUCUUUUAACGACGAAACCAACAACGAUGGUGUCCCCAGUGUUGGAUUGUUUUUCAAGGCAGCAAAUGGUUCUUGCAAGAUAAGUUCUAUCUCGUUUUCAAAGUAUAGUGCAUCAUGUGAUUCUACAAAGGGGGAAUAUAAUUUAACAAUUCUCGAUGUACAUGAACAAUACCAUGAUAGGUUCAUCCGUUGCAACGUCCAAUUUGGAGACGGAAGUGGUUCUGAUGUGUAUGCCAACGCUAACUCGACCAUAUAUGUCAGAGUGCAUAUUGCAGAAAUAUUACUAUCAAACACUACAAUCACAAGCGAUGUCACACGUGACACCUCAGUAGAAUGUAAAGUUAUUAGUAGACCAGCUGCAUCCAUUAAUUGGAUUAAAGUAAACUCAGAGGGCGCCAUACAAGACAUAUCAUCAUCAUCGACAGAAACUGUUAACAGUGGUAUAAGGGGAGAAAUGGUUACCAGCAUACUGAAAUUCCGAUUUACGGCAGCAGAUAAUGGUGGCGUAAUUUAUUGUCAUGCUGAUAAUUCAAUCUCAACUGUUAAUUCAUCUGCUAUUGCUCUGAGUAUCUAUUAUCCACCACUAGAUGUUCCAACUAUACAGCAGACACCUAACCGACCAAUCAUCAGAGGAGAAACAGUAGUUCUGACAUGUUCUGUUUCGGGUGGCUUUCCGUUACCUGUAUUGACAUGGAACUGUUCCGGAAACAGCACAAACACCACUUCCGGAAACACUGCUUUCUAUACUAUCCUUUUUAUGGCUUCUAAACAAGAUAACGGGAAAACUUGUACUUGUUAUGCUACCCAUCCUGUAGUAGAGUAUAGACCACAGAUGCAUGUCACUCUUAACGUAUACUUUCCUCCAGAUGAGGGUCCUGUUCUAAUGCAAAAACCAGAAGGCGCAGUUAACACCGGCCACUCUGUUUUGCUAGUUUGUUCUGUAAUCGGUGGUAAUCCUGUGGCAACAUUAACUUGGAAUUGUACUGGAGUGAUUACCAUAAACUCAUCAGAAACAACUGCUAUGAGUUCCAUUGAAUUACCUAUUACUAAGCUAAACCAUGGAAUGGCUUGUUCCUGUUUGGCUACCCAUAAUAUAGACACUUAUAAACAUUCAACUCAUCACCUGCUAGUUGUAAUUUUUCCACCAGAAGUUACUCCAACGGUACGACAAGCCACUGCUGGACCUAUAGAUACAGAAACAUCAGUAAAAUUGAUUUGCUCUGUUCCUGGAGGCAGUCCUUUGGCAAAACUGACAUGGGAUUGUCAGGGUAUUACUUCAAACACUUCGACAGAAACUGUGGCAGUGUUGGAAAUUGAGUUCACAGUGGAUAAAAAUUAUAAUGGAAGGAUCUGUAGUUGUUCUGCUACUCAUCCUAUUGGAACUUAUAGACCAACAUCUCAAUAUUCAUUGGUUGUUUACUUUCCACCAAGUAAACCAAAUUUGAUAUUGAAACCUGAAAUGCCAUGGUUUGUCGGAAACAUAACAGAAAUAGAAUGUUCAUCUGUACCAGGAAAUCCGGAAUCAACAUUCGAAUGGACAAGUGAUGAUAUGGCAGUGGAUGUUAAUAUAUCCGAGUUGAUCAUAGGACCCCUUACAAAAUAUAACAAUGGGAAAAUUAUUACAUGUACAGUUCAGAAUGAAUACACAAUAAAACAUGGAUUGAUACUAAAAUCAGACAUUGUACAUCUAAAUGUUGAAUAUUUUCCUGAAAUUGCCAUUGACAAUUCACCAGUAUUUAUAAAUGAAGGCGACAAUGCGUCAAUAACGUGCACUGCUUUGGGUAAUCCUGUUCCAUUAACCCAGUGGUAUCUACAGGAUCAGAAUAUAACAGAACCCCAAAUAAACCAGUCUGUCCUUCAUUUGUUUGAUGUUGAUCGUUUAUUGAAUGGAUUGGUGUAUACAUGUAAGACAUUCGCAACUUCUUCAACAUACGGUUCUCUUGUAGCAGAAAAUACGACAGAAAUAAUCGUUUCUUAUCCUCCAGUCAUAACAAACUCUCAGGUUUUAAAUGGAUGGACCGUAUAUGAAAAUAGGGCUGUUACAUUUCGAUGUGAAGUUGACAGUAAUCCCGUUCCAACUAUCACAUGGUUGUUUUUGACUAAUCAGACUAAACUUAAAACAGAAUACGGUGUUUAUACCAGUAAUUACACCAUACACAAUACCAAUUGUUUCCAUACAGGCACAUAUCAAUGUCAGGCUGCAAAUAAUAUAAGUGGGGUUACUUCAACAUAUGCCAAAGAUGUAGCUUUAAAUGUUCUGUGUUCACCGCGUUUAGAUACCCGAUAUCAAGCCCUUGCUAAAAUAGUUGCUGUAGAGGAAAAUGGCGACUUACAGUUAACUGCCCGUAUAAUAGCAUAUCCUUCACCAGUAAUUCGUUGGAUAUUUAAAAAUGAAAUCAAUUCAACAUCAGUAUUGGUUGGGAAUUUAUAUGUAUCGAACUUGCAUAUACCAGAUUUAAAACAAUCGGAGUUUGGAGAAUAUACUUUACAUGCAUUUAAUGACCACGGGAACCUUUUUGAACAAGUAAAUGUUGUACCAAAAGGUAAACCCGAAUCGCCUUCUCACGUAUUAGUUGUUUGUAAGAGGACAUCUGUGACAAUUGUCUGGAAAUCUGAGUUUGAUGGAGGCGCCAAGCAAACGUUUAUGGUUACAUAUUGGAGAACUUUAGACGGUACAACGAUUUCGUCAGCACUUAAAGGAAACCUUACUGAACAAGCUGUCAUCAAAGAACUAAUGUCCGAUUCCAUGUACAAUUUUAUAGUUCAAGCUACGAAUAAUUACGGAACCUCAAACUCUAUAAUUAAAACAUGCAAGACUGACGCCAAAGAUAUAACAUCCAAAGAAGAACAGAAUGGGAUGUCAGACGCAACUAUAGGUGCAGUCGUCGUUGCUGUUAUAUCAAUAUUCGUUAUCAUUCUAUUGAUUUCUAUUUUCAUCUUAAUACCGUUUUAUCGCCAGCGUAAGAACAAAGACGGUUUGCAGAACCAGAAUCAGGGGUAUUUGAAGCCUGUUCGGGAUGUUUCUGUUAGAUCUGCAAGAGACAACGUUUAUCAUGUGCCGUCAGACCAACAAUACGAAUCUAUUCGUCGGGAUGCUGUUGUUGAAGCAAAUGUGAAUCCCACAAGGUUAAUAUAUGAUGAACCUGAACCUGAAAACAUCCAAGGAACGCAUUACAGUGAUGCAUCUUCGUCAGAAUUACAGAACAAAAGACAAAGAAAUCAAGAUGAUACCAGUAUAGAACAGCGAAGUGUGUAUACGAAUCAAGAAGCCCCGACAGAUCAUUCCACUGUGCAAUCUACUAGCAGGACAGAUUUUGUACAUCAAUUAGAUACAAAUACAUACGAGGAUAUGGGGACAGGAACAAAAGUUACACAACCAAUUAAAAAACCACCAACGACACGCUUAUCAGACAAUUAUAUUCAACUUUACGAAUCGAUGAAAGCGCGUUCAUGUGAAAAUACUUCAAAGUUAGACCAAGGCAGGGAAAUAAAAGAUACGAAAUCCAAAGAUAGCAGUACUCAGCUAUACGAAUCAAUGACGACGACCCCACAAGAGGCUAACAAAACCACGAAAAACGAAAGUGUAGACAUGUAUUCAAGUGUUUUAUCAACUAAAAUCUAAUCAUGACAGUUGCUAUUUCUUUUUUGCCUGACAUUGCCAUCAGGUCUUCAUUUAUUCAGGCUUUGUUCAAGUAUCAUCGUCAUUAAUCCUUCUGCCAACACGCAACAAUUUUCAUUAGAUAUUCUGUGUCAAUCCUUCCUAUAAAGGCCGAUUUUUUACAUACAUUGUAAUUUCAUCUCAUUUACUAAUAUGUGUUUUUACAUGUACUUAUGUAUAUCUACUAAGAUAACGAUACUUAAAUAUAUAUAAAAAUUGCGGUUUUUAUCCAACGCAAUAUUAGGUUUGAACGUUGUUUUCAAUUUAGACUUGUAAAUAUAUAUAUAUAUGGCUGUGGACCAUACGGUAAAAAUAGUACAUUAUGCUCACACAUAAAUGAAACCAAGGUAUUUUGUGACAACACCGGGAAGGAAUAUACCAUUCAGGGACGAAUAAACUGUAAAACCGUGGGCGUAGUAUAUGCAAUUAACUGUACAAAAUGCGAAAAACUUAUAUAUGUAGGACAAACGGGUGAUACACUUUAUCAACGGAUGCUAUUGAACUUUUCAAAAAUACGAACAAACAAAACAGACGAUCCGGUAGCAAACCACUUCAUUCAGCAUAAUCAUUCGAUGAAAAAUUUACCGCCAUAGAAAGAGUAUUUGGAACAGAAAUUUACAGAAAAACGAAAGAAGCCUUUUGGAUAAAAAAAUUAAAAACUUUAGAGCCUGAUGGACUCAACGCAAUGAAUGAACGAUAGUGAAAAUAUUUACAAAAAAAGGAAAAACACGCGGCAAAUGAACUUCAUAGUAGUUAUUAUAACGUAUUGUAUCCAAGCGAUGUAAUUUAUUCCAAUGAAGAAGGCUGUAAUGGCCGAAACGUAUGGAAAA